CUUCUGCAAAAUUGUCUGUAGAAUGCAUGGCUGCUGUUGAAGCUGUUGGUGUUCCAGAAAACACUGGUGGUCAAAAACAUGAAUCUCAAGAACCAUCUGCCUCUAUCCCACUUGCAGCAGAUGAUGUCGAUGAUCCGGUUGGUACUAUUCCAGUUGGCCUUGCAUCUGAAAAUUCAUGCAUCAUCCAAGUUGCUGAAUCUAGUAUGCCCGUUGGUCAUAGUGACCGCCUAGCCAAUGAAAAUAUGAUACCUGAGAAUCCUCAACAAGCAUGUGGAAAAAAUGAAUAUGAUAAAAAUGAAGGCAUGGGUAGCCUAACAGCUACAGCUACUGAAGUUGCAAUGCCAACUAUCAACUUUACCAUUACCAUACCAAAUGAAGUAGCUACCCAGAGUGGAGACCUGGUCACUGCCUUGUCUGAGGCAGUGCAGACUGAGCUUGCUUCUAGUUGGCCUGGUCAACCCGUAGCAGCCCAGAAAGCCUCAGCUCCAGCGCCUCCUGCUGCGGUUGCUGCAGAGAAGAAGCCAGCCCCUCCUGCUUCCAAGAAAAAUUCCUCUACCCCUCCACGCUCUGCAGCUGCUAGUACUGUUACCAUGCCUAAAGCUAAAGAAGCUAAAAGUGGGUCCAAGCUGUCCACUUCACCUCUCUCCUCUACCUCCAAGCCUGUGCCUGUCACCACCAAGUGCUCAUCUUCAUCUGCUUCUGCCUCUUCCCCCACCUCUCCCAAAGUCUCUUCUACCUCUCCUAGUGUCUCUUCCCUGCCUUGCUCUACCCCUCCCUCUUCUCCCUUAGCACCUCCCCAAGUUGGGUCUCUUGUUCCUGGUGAAGGAGAUGCCUCUGUCACUCAGCCCAAGAUUGUGAAGGCUGGUGGAAAAGGGAAAUCCAAGAAAGGUCCCCCUUCAGCAGUAGCUAAUGCACAGCUUUCUGCCAAAGCUGCCCAGUUGCCUGACAAAACUGGUGCCCAGGUUACUGAGGCAAUACCUAAUAAGGAAGGCACUGAAGCUCUAAAUACUGAUGCUUCUAUGGCUAAAGCUGCUGUCCCAGUUACAGUUCCAGGUCCUGACCCUGUGUCUGUUCCACCGGAAAUCUCUAUAACUGCCUCUCCUCCUAAAUCUGACUUGUCACUUUCCCCAAAGAAUGUUGAUGCACCUGUAGCUUUCAAGGUGACAUCCCAGCCUGCUGUACCUGCUCCCAAGUCUUUUGCUGAUGCUGUAGCCAGUAACCUUCCUAAAAUUGCCCCUGAAACCUCAAAAUUAGAAAAAGUGGCUGUCAGUACUGAAGAGGUCAAAGAGCCCAAAGCCAUUUCAGCUGAGUUGCCUCUAAAGAAGCCACCUAAGGAGGUUCCUGGUAUAGCCAACUCUCCUCCUGUCUCUGCUUCUACUCCUGAUAUCUCUCCUGCUACUCAUCCAUCCUCCAUUGCCAAAAAAUCUAAGAUCUCUAUAGCUUCAUCAGAUGGUAAAAAAGUUCCAUCCUCCACUGCCCAGCCUUCUGUCUCCCCUUCUGCUCCUGCACCCACCCCAACUCCUACAGUUGUGACACCUUCUCCAGAAGUAGCAUCUGAGGUGGCUGCAUCUUCUCCAGCCCUAGAGGAGGAUGAUGAACUGCCUCCACUGAUCCCACCUGAGGGAUUUGUUGGCAUGCCUGUUUUACAACCCCCCACACUAGUUGAGGUUUCCACAAAACCCAGUCCUCCUGUGGCACCUCAAGCUGCAGCAGUCUCCACCCUUAAAUCCCCUCCAGCUAAAUCCCCUGCCAAGUUGGAGCCUGUUAUCAAGAAUGAUAAGGGGUCUGGCACAGAGUCAGACAGUGAUGAAUCCGUGCCAGAACUAGAGGAGCCCGACUCUGCACAGUCACAGCAAGCACAGCUUGCUGCAGCUGCAGAAAUUGAUGAGGAACCAGUGAGCAAAGCUAAACAGAGCAGAAGUGAAAAGAAAGCACGAAAGGCAAUGUCCAAGCUGGGUCUUCGCCAGGUGACCGGUGUCACUAGAGUCACAAUCCGGAAGUCAAAGAACAUCCUGUUUGUCAUCACUAAACCAGACGUCUACAAGAGCCCAGCAUCCGACACAUACAUUGUCUUUGGUGAAGCUAAGAUUGAGGAUCUUUCACAGCAAGCCCAAUUGGCAGCAGCAGAGAAGUUCAAAGUUCAGGGAGAAACGGUCUCAAAUAUCCAGGAGAACACGCAGACGCCCACCGUGCAGGAGGAAAGCGAAGAGGAGGAGGUUGACGAGACUGGGGUGGAGGUAAAGGACAUCGAACUGGUCAUGUCACAAGCCAACGUGUCACGGGCAAAGGCAGUACGUGCCCUCAAGAACAACAACAACGACAUUGUCAAUGCAAUUAUGGAAUUGACAAUGUGAAAGGCAGGGAAAGAACAGGCCAAGGACAUAAGUGUUGCUGUGGAAAAACCACAUAUGUUUGUACAAUUUGUACCCAGGAGACAAAUAAAGGUGUGGAUUGCUAAAAUGGAAAA